CGUCCACUUCACAUUUGUCAUUUACUCUCAUUUCUCUUUAUCUAUUUCUUUCUGUAGCGUUCAAUUCAACAAAAUCUGCUUGCCAUGGCACUACUUAUCCCCCAAUCUUCACCAAAUUUCUUCAAAGCUCGCACCAUACGCUUCUAGAUCGCAAUCCUUCCCUUUCCCAUGGCCCAAUUCUUUCUCCUCUGUUUCUUCUUUCUCCUCUUCUUCGCCGCCCCCGCCGCGUCGCAGCAGCUCUACUUCGCCGGAUUCCACGACGCCGCCGCUGCAGCCAACUUAUCUCUCACGGACAUCGCCAAGAUCGAGCCGAAUGGAAUCUUAAAGCUCACGAACGACACCAGUCGACUACAGGGUCAUGCCUUUUAUACCUCCCCUGUUCGCUUCAAAAACUCCUCCGACGGCAAAGCUUUUUCCUUCUCCACCGCUUUCGCCAUCGCCGUCGUCCCCGAGUAUCCAACCCUCGGUGGUCAUGGCCUUGCCUUCACAAUCGCACCCUCCAAAACCCUCCGUGGAUUACCCAGUCAGUAUUUAGGCCUUCUCAAUGCCACCGAUGUCGGGAACUUCUCGAACCAUCUCUUGGCUGUCGAGUUCGACACCGUUCAAGAUUUCGAGUUUGGCGACAUCAACGACAACCAUGUCGGAAUCAAUCUCAAUAAUAUGGUGUCUAAUGCCUCUACCACAGCUUCCUAUUUCGUCGACGACGGACCCACCAAACAAAACUUAACCCUAAAAAGUGGGAGGCCAGUUCAAGCGUGGAUCGAUUAUGAUUCCUCUGUAAAUUCCCUCACCGUCGCGCUUUCACCGUUUUCGACCAAACCCAAGAAGCCGAUUCUGUCGUUUAAUGUAGAUCUCUCUCCGAUUCUUCACGAGUUUAUGUAUGUUGGGUUCUCCGCCUCGACAGGGCUUCUUGCGAGCUCUCACUAUGUGUUGGGAUGGAGUUUCAGUAUGAACGGCGCCGCCCAGUCUCUGGAUCUUUCCUCUUUGCCGUCUGUUCCAGGUCCGAAGAAGAACCACACUGGUUUCACGAUUGGGGUUUCCGUUACGGCUGUUUUAAUCGUGAUAAUAGCGAUUUGUGUUGCUGUCUUCAUCAUUUGGAAGAUAAAAACCGCGGACAUAAUCGAAUCAUGGGAGCUUGAAAUUGGCCCUCAUCGAUACUCUUACAAGGAGCUUAAGCAAGCGACUAAGCGAUUUAGGGAUAAAGAGCUUCUGGGUCGCGGUGGAUUUGGGAAGGUUUAUAAAGGGACUUUACCAAAUACGAAAACCCAAGUGGCUGUUAAGCGAAUUUCUCAUGAAUCGAAACAGGGUUUGAGGGAAUUUGUGUCGGAAAUUGCUAGUAUUGGUCGGCUUCGUCACCGGAACUUGGUUCAGUUACUGGGAUGGUGUCGCCGCCGUGGCGAUCUGCUUCUGGUUUAUGAGUUUAUGGCUAAUGGAAGCUUGGAUAACUACAUUUUUGAUGAGCCGGAUGUGAUUUUGAGCUGGAAUCAGAGGUUUCGGAUCAUUAAGGGCGUCGCCUCCGGUCUUUUAUACUUGCACGAAGGCUACGAACAGGUUGUUCUUCAUAGAGAUGUGAAGGCCAGUAAUGUUCUGCUCGACAGCGAGAUGAACGGGAAGCUCGGCGAUUUCGGCCUUGCGCGGCUGUACGAGCACGGGGCGAAUCCAAGCACAACGCGGGUCGUCGGAACAUUGGGAUAUCUGGCGCCGGAGCUUCCCAGAACAGGGAAGUCCACCACAAGCUCAGAUGUAUAUGCAUUUGGCGCACUGCUACUGGAAGUGGCCUGCGGACGGCGGCCAAUCGACCCGAAAGUGUCGUCGGAGGAAUUGGUGCUGGUGGAUUGGGUAUGGGAGAAUUACAGAGAAGGGAAAUUACUGGAAGUAAUGGAUCCAAAAUUGAAAGGGGAUUUCAAUGAGGUUGAAGCUGUUAUGAUUCUGAAAUUGGGGUUGUUCUGUUCGAACGAUACGGCGGCGGCACGGCCGAGUAUGAAGCAGGUGGUGCGGUUUUUGGAGGGAGAAAUUGGCGUUCCCGACGAGAUUUCAGCGCCGAGAGUGAUGGAAGGAGGGAAGAACAGUGAAGGGUUCGAUGCUUUUGUGAAUUCGUUUGCUUCUUCUUCGUUUAACAAGUUCAGCACCACUUCGUUGACGGGAAAUCGAGAUAUGGAUAUGAGUUUUGCUUCUAUUUCCACGUCUCUUUCGCUUCUAAGUGGCAGAGACUGAGUUGUAAACAGCAAAAACAGGUCCAAGUGAGCAAAAAACAGAUCAAACAGCUCCAAGGCAGCCAAAAUCAAGUCAAAAAAUUACGUUUUUCUUUGUUUGAUCUGUAAAAAAGAUUGGGGUCCUCAAAUUCUUAGUUGGUGAUGUAACAUUUAAGAAAAGUAAUGGUUUGUGUUCAUGAGUCAAGAGUUUAAUGGGUUUGACUCUGUUUCCAUAAGUUUGGCCCACAUUUGAAUGAAAUCCUCUCUCAUUUCUAUGUGGGUUACCACUGC